UGCAAAAUACAUUUAUUUAGUGCGUUGCCUGAAUUUGAUAUUUGAUAAAAACAACUAUAAAAGCAAUAAGAUAGAUAUAUCUUUAUAGUUUAUAAAUGUAACUAAUUACAUUUAAAACAUAAUUUCAUCACGAAAUGGCUCAUUUACAGUACAUGCCGGGUGAUCCCCGGUUAGUCGAUCAAUUAGUUUAUGAGUUAAAAUCUAAAGGAAUAUUUGAUCAAUUCCGCAAGGAUUGUAUCUCAGACGUGGACACGCGUCCGGCCUACCAGAACCUCCGGCAGCGAGUGGAGAACUCCGUGUCCUUGUUCCUGUCCCGGCAGACCUGGAAGCCGGAUUUGAACAAGAAUCAGCUGCGGGAGAAACUCAGGAAGCAUAUACUUGAUGGCAACUACCUCGAGCAAGGCGUAGAAAGAAUCGUGGACCAGGUAGUCAACCCCAAAGUGGCGUCUGUCUUCAUACCCCAAGUAGAAGACUUAGUUUACAACUACCUUGGCAUCGCUCGCAAGAAAUCUACCCCUGAAACAUCAAAUGACAAAGGAAAUACUUCAACUGAUCUACUGCCUACUGAUUUAGAAGCUGUCAGUCCCGGAUCAGUGAAAAGUGAUGAUAAAGAUGAACAAAUGGAAGAAUCUAAAGAUGAAGGAAUGGAACUUGAUGAUGAUAAAAUCAAAGAAAUUAAUAUCAAUGACAUAUCCAUGCCAUCUGAUAUAGAACCUGAAAAGGAGGCAGAUACUCAGCUUUCUGGUAUCAGUGAUUUGACUUCACACGGUUCUGAAGCUAGUUUAGGUAAAUUGAGCAUACCUAUGCCUGCUGAAGAAAUUAAUCUGGAGAACAUACCGUCUCCUGAGAACAGUCCUCCUAAAAUUGAUCUAGACAGCAUUGAGUUGCCUAAGGAAGAGCCAGAAAGUAUUGAGUUAAAAGAUAUACCUUUGCCUGAUGAGAGCCCAAAAGAAGAGAAAGAUCAAUACUUUAAACCAAUAAACAGUGAUGAUGAUUCUAGUUCUGAAUCGUCUAUAAUCAGAAAUAUGUCCCCUUUGACACCAAUCAGGAAUUUCAAUAAUGAAAAUUCGUGCGACGCGCAACAGGCUUUUGAUAAUGAUUCUGAUAAUAAAAAUGAUGAUAAAAAGGAACCUAAUACAUUUAGAUUUACUAUUGAUGCGAAAUCACCUGAAAAUAGUUCUGACGUCAAAGAUAUUAAACCAGAAAAAGAAGAACAGGCAAAUUUGGCGUAUCAGUUUAAUGAGCAAGUUAAUAUCAACACAUUUAACACACCUUUAUAUGAUGACAGUUCUAAUAGUCACAACUUACAAAUCGAUUAUGAAAGUGAUGCUAACAGCAAAACCAAUUUGGAUAAAAUUCCUUUCCCUGAUGAUCCUACAUCAGAAGAUUCUAAGAAAGAAUCCACAGAUGAGAAAAGGAGUCACAAAAGCUCACACAGAUCUAGAGAUUCCCAUAGACAUAGCUCUAGCAGCAAAGAUAAGAGAACCGAUUCAAAACACUCAAGUUCUAAAGACAGAAAAGAUUCUAAACAAGACAAGAAAUCUUCUAAAGACGACCAGAGUAAGUCCAAAUCUAGUUCUGAUAAGUCUAAAGAAAAGGACCGAAAAGAAAGCAAAGAUAAAGAUUCUAAACACAAAAGUUCUCAUAAAAGCUCCAGCAGCAAAGAUUCGAAGCAUAGAAGCUCAAGUUCCAGUCAAAGGCAUUCAAGCAAACACGAUGAUAAGGACAGGAAGUCUAGUAGUUCAAGCAAUAAAGAUAAAGAAAAGUCAGAUAAAAGUUCAAAAGAUCACAAAUCAUCAAGAGAUUCUAAAUCAUCUCGUUCAGAUAAAGACAAAGACAAAAAGAAGAGAGAUGAUAAAGAUAAGGAUAAAAAAGAUAAGAAAGACAAUGAUGAUCAUUACAGUGCAUCAGGCAGGGGAAAUCACACUCGUCGCUCCACUGAUAGAGAUUCUAAUGAUGGUAGCUCAUCUUCAAAAGGAUCACAUAAUCCGUCUAGCUCAAAAUCCUCUGAAAGCAAAACCAAUAAGGGUAACAGUUCCAAAUCUGAUAAUACCUCACCAAGCAGCCAUUCUACAAGCCCCAGUGAUAAAGAAAACGUAUUGAAAGAAGGAAAUACAAAAGCUAACGUAAAUCAACCAAAACCGGUGAGAGUAGAUACACGCUUAGAAAUGCCGAUGGCAUCGCCUCCGCGCCUCCCUUUUGUACCAGACGUGACAUUGAAAAAACCUAGAUUCGCUGCGAAUUUAGCAGAAGCAAAGCGGCUCAUGAAAAUGAGGAGAUUCUUGGAUGAAGAACAGAAGAGAAUGAAUCAAGAGGCAGCGUUACUUUUAGAAUUCCAGGCAAAUGUUAGACCCAGUCUGAGCCAAGUAUAUUCUAGCGUAUCUGGCCCUGAAUUAGAGUUUGCUUGUAUUUCUAAUACGUCCGAAUCGCAAAAACCAAUAAUAGAGACGAAUUACGCUGAAGUAAAACCUAUUGAAGAAAUUGAAUAUGCUCCUGAUUCCAUAGAAAUGCAACUUAGUGAAAUGAAUAAGGAAACUAAAGCAAUGAAUCCAAGCGAAAUGGAAAAAGAAGCUAAGAAGGAAGAAGAAAUAAAAGAAGAAGUAGUUACAAAAGAGGAAGCAAUCGAAACAGAGGAAGAUGAAAUAAAAGAAGAAGUAGUUACAAAAGAGGAAGCAAUCGAAACAGAGGAAGUAUAUGAACCUAUAGUAUUAAAUCAGCCUGACUUUGAGGAUACAGAGAAGAUAUUAAACGAAAUUUCAAAGAAAGUAUACGGAAUUGUAGAUGACGAAGAUGAAGAUAGUAUAAAAGACAUUUACAAGCCAGAGCUUAGAAAAGAUGAAGAAAUAACGGAAGGCAUUAAAAAUGAACACACAGAAUUUGAAGUUACAGUCAUAGCUGAAGAAAUUAGUGACAAUGAAACUGUAGGGGAUAUUCCUGAUGAUGAACUAAGAGUAGUAAUCCAACAAGAAGAUCACGAAGAUAGAUUCGAAUAUUUCGCUGAGCAUGAGAAGUAUAAUGCCGAAUUAGAAAGAGACAAAUUCGAGAGAUUCCUCAAAGCAUACACAACUGAUAUAGGCAGUAACAAAUUAUAUCUUAUAAACUGUGAUUCUUAUGAAGAAAGCAUUAUAAAAGAAGUAGCACAAACUCAUGGCAAUUUCGAAAUUAUAAACUAUCACAAAAACGGCCAUAUGAAUAAGAAUAUAGUUAAAAACGUAAAUGUCUCAAAUGAAAUUGUUCUACCACUAGAUAGAAAUACACCAGUGCAAAUGAUGAUAUCCCCAAUAUUUAGUCCGAACAAAUCCGAAUGUUCUUUCGAACUAUCAAGCGACUAUGAUGCCAAAUUAGAAGAAAUGGUAAAUAAGACAUCGAGACAACAGAUUAUGGAGAUAAUACUUGGUGGAGCGGAGCCGGAGGAAAGUAAACUGCCACAGAUAGACUAUUUUGUGGAGGAGAACAUUGUGAAGCAAGAUGGUUUGAAGAGGAAACUGUCGGUUGAGAAUGAUAAUAAUAAUGGGCAUGUGCUGAAGCCGAAAUUGAGGAGGAUGAGUGAAUCGGAUCAAAUAUCAUCUACUACAGAAGAGACCCCAGACCCGCUGAACGUGAGUCGAACCAACAACGUUCGCUCGAAAUACUUGGGCAAGGCGCGAAGAGUUGGUCUGCCUAGACCUAAGAGGACCGUGCACCCUAACAGUCCUUCGAGCGAUAAGUCCGUCGAAAACUACGACACCAACGACCGCUCCCCAGACACCAAGAUGAAAAGGACCCCCCAUGUGCGCUACGACACUUCAGACCUCUACAAGCCGAAGCUCCACUAUCUGUCCCGGAGGAACAAUAUUACAUAGGUUAGGUUACCAUAUUAUAGACACGAAGAUGAAAAGGACUCCCCAUGUGCGCUACGACACGUCGGACCUCUAUACAAGCCGAAGCUCCACUAUCUGUCCCGGAGGAACAAUAUUACAUAGGUUAGGUUACCAUUUACUAAAGAUUCAUUAUUGAACCUUAGCUUAUACGUACACUUACAGUAAAACUUCUUUUUAUUUCCUACUUUUCCUAGACACUGAAAUGACAGAUUGAUUGUCCUUCCGAUACCUAGAUCUUUUAAUAGAAAAUUGGUAAAAAAGUACCAAAUAAUUGGUAGUAAAUCGGUCAAACUAAUUUUAGUAUCUGAGGGCCUAUGUUCGACGUUCUACCUCCCUGUCACACUUACGUAGUAAUCUACAAGUGCGACAGGGAGGCAACACGUCGAACGUGGUUUGCGGUAGGCCUCCUGGUAAGUUGGGUAACUUCGAAAGCGGGAAAUAGCAAAAUAUCUAUAAAACCAGUAGGACUUCAUACUUUAGCAACAAGGCAUUUUGCUUACUAUUUUUACAAUAGAAAGUUCUUCUAGUUUAGUUUUUAGGGUUCCGUACCCAAAGGGUAAAAACGGGACCCUAUUACUAAGACUCCGCUGGCCGUCCGUCUACGUCUGUCUGUCACCAGGCUGUAUCUCAUGAACCGUGAUAGCUAGACAGUUGAAAUUUUCACAGCACAUUUUCAACAAAUACUAAAAAGUACGGAACCCUCGGUGGGCGAGUCCGACUCGCGCUUGUUUAUAUUUGCCAUCAACAUUACCGCAACCAAUCCCCGCUUUCGAAGUUACCGUAACGCACAUUAUAUAAAAACAACUUACAUUACAAUAGGUUAGGUACAGAAUUACAUCGUUUUAUAGAAUUAUUAUAGUAAAAAGCGAUUAUAAUUAUAUAGUUAUUAAUGAUUAACCAGGUUAAUCGUGACUUAUUUGUAUUGAUUGUAUUCCCAAACAAAUGUUUGUAUUAUCAAUUAAUGUAAUUGAUUAUAUCUCAUAUUUGUAAUCUUUUAAUUAAGUAACUAAUUUAAAAGAAAUUUCAUCAAUUUCCUAACUGAAAGUAAUAAGAAAACGCAUAAAGUGGUGUUCAAGUAUAUACAUUUUAUCACGUAUUUUAAGUCAAAGUAUGUUCGAUAUAUUUCGCUCCAUAACGAAGAGCUUCAACGGAAGCACGCGAUGGCCGACCGACGACGCAGACUGUGCCCGCGCGUACGUGAGUGACCCGUUUUAAUAUAUGUCUGUGUCUCACGGAACUUUUGUCUUUAUAAUUUGUAUCUGUCAAAAUUUGUGCCACAAUAUUUUACACUACCUACUUUUGCGUCUUCAUAUUCCUUUCUCUUUGCCUGUAUUGUGUUUUUAGUCCGUCCGAUUCAUUUAUACAAGCACCUGAUAAUAUUGGAAAUACGAUUUUUGUUCAGUGAUGUAUGUAACUAAUAAAAGAGUAGAUAGAUAUACGAUAUUAUACGAUGAUAUAUUUAGGGGUAAAAUGAUUACAGAUAGAAUAUAUUAAGUCAUAAAUAUGUGACAUUAGUCUAGAGUUAGAACGAGAUAAGUCUGCAACGCAGUGCAAGUGUUAUUUUAAACGUCAAACUUCUAUGAAUUUAUGAGUGUGCUAUCAAUAUUGUUGCAGACUUAUCUUGGUCUAACUCUACAUAUUAUGAUCCUUGCCAUAUUAUAAGCACUCGGAGUCGCAAAUAUGGUUUUCAAAUUUGCUUUAAACUUCUUACUUUAGCUGAUUUAUAUGAGAUCAUACGUUUCAACUGGAUUGUCAAACCGUACAGCGACAUCUAGUACAUAUGUCAGUUAUAUUUUGCGUCACUUUAUGCGUCUUAAAUAUUCAUUUGUCUAUGGCCUUACCUUGUCACUUGUCAGAUAGUCGCAGGU